AAAAACGUAAUGUCAUGGAUGUACAUUCUACAGUAUUAUCUUAAUAUUAAUAUACAUACUGAGAUGACACCAUUUGUGUAUAAAUCUGUAAUGAUCAAAGUUUAAAGUCUGAUGUCAGUUAAGCUGUUUUUUUACCUCUUGAAAGAUUUGAUAAAAUUGUUUCAACUGUCAUCUAGUUUAUUGAUAAAAUCAUGAAGAAAUGUAAAAAUAAAGAAUGUACAUGCAUGGAUUUAUUUUCAUGUGACCAAAUAUUUUAUUUAAGGAAUGUUUUCUUUGUCUAAAGUUUGGAAGUAUUAUAAGGAAUUUAAGUUUUGUUUUACGGUAACAUUCCAAUGACAGGCAAUAUUAAAAAUGAAUGAAGAAGUUCUUACGCACAAGCCUUCAAGAUCAUUAUCUAAAUAUGUAAAUGAAGCAUUCAGCUUCCUGAACGUUGAAGAUGUAGACGAACCAAAUGAUAAAGACACACCUGUGUAUAUCUCAAAAGAAUUGCAAACAGUUGUUGAAGGUAAAGUGUCAGAAACUGUAAAUGGAAACAUACAUGAAAUUGAUCAUCACAGGAAUGGAGAUCCAGAAGAGUUUAGAAUAGAAACUACUGUUGUGGAUGAGGAGACAACUGUGAAUGGGGAAACCGUAGGUGUAAAUGGUCAAAUAUAUAAUCAUGAUAAAGUAAACGGUGAUGGAGGUGAAUUUUCAAUUGUAACUUUUGUAGAGAAUGAUCAUGGUGAGAAAAGGGGUGUAAAGGGAGAAAACUUUGGUAAAAUAAAGAGAGGUCUGAUUGAGAUUAAUCCUGUGUAUGAAGUAAAUGAUGAUUUAAUAGCAGAUAAUGAGGUAGUAGGAGUUAAUGACGGUAGUCAGGGUAACACUGAAGAAACCUCUAGUGAAAACCAGACAUCAAAACUUGACAAAGAUGCGGGUAAUUCUAAUGAUGAUGUAAGUACAGGUGAAAAUGGUACAAGUAUUACAAAAGAAGGUAUUAACACUGAAAGGCUGUCUGUUGUUAUUGAUGAUGAAGUUGUAGAACUGAGGAAGUCACCUGAUGUAGUCAGGUCUCGUCAGUCCCGGCAACCAACCUGGAGAAAAAACCAACAUGUUGUUAGUGAAGCGUUCAACUUUCUUACAGACAUUGACACUCAAGAUUUGGAUACAGUGACAGACAGUGUAUUAAUCAAUGGUUUCAGUGUCAAAACUUGUAGUGAAUGUGGUCAGAAUUUAACACAUGAUGAUAAAAUUUCUGUAGAGGAUCAAGGGCAAUUACUCUGCAAACAUUGUGAGUCUAAACAUACUGAGAAAGGGGAGGUAACUAAAAUCAAAGCAGAAUCAGGGAAAGUUAAUGGACUAGAUUCUGAAGCAGGGGAGGUUAAUGGGGUUAAUGGAGAAACUGAUGAUGUUGGUGAAUUGCCUGAUUCUAAACCAGGAAUUACUAGAAAGAGGAGAUUAGUUCCACAGAAUAAUACUGAUAAUGAUGACGGGAAUUCAUCAGAUGAAGACAAAGGUGUUUACAGGGAGAGUUUCCGCAAGUCUACCUGGCUAUAUAUUGGAGACAAUGAAGAGAUUAAAGAAAGAACGAACCAUUCUAACUUUAUAUCAUUGUCUGACCUUGGGGUAGAUACUUGUGACACAGAUAGCAUAUUUGGUGACAAUGUUCCAUCUAUGUCACCUUUGCCAGACUUUGGUCACAUACGAAAUGACUCGGUCGGUACAACAAUGUCUGAACAAGAGUUCCGGAACCAGUAUAACUCUGUUGCUAGGAGAUUUGUGAAGAGAGCCGACAGUCAACAAGAGUACAAGAGAUUUACAACCAGGGGAUAUGAUAAUUUGAAAUCAUUUACCAUUGAGCGUGACUCAAGUAUGGAGUUUGGAAUACAUAUAUUAGACAGUAAACCUGCCAUUAUAUCUGGAAUAGAUGCAGGUAGUGCUGCAGAGAGUUCAGGGUUGAAGGAAGGUCAGAUUGUUGUAUCUAUAAAUGGGGUAAAUGUUUUAGAGGCCAGCCAUGAUGAGAUCAUUAAUCUGGUCACAAGAGAUUCUAAGACCCUGACUUUAGAGGUUGGGACAGGAGAUACCUCGACUACACAAGAUCUUCAAGUACCAGUGAUGACUGGCUAUCUACAGAAACAAGUCUCGUCUACUAUAUUUAGAACAUGGAAACGGCGGUACUUCAUCUUACGGAGAGAUAACUGUCUGUAUUAUUACAAAAAUGAAAAGGAAACAGAUCCACUAGGGGCUAUACCAUUAAACUGUUAUACAGUUUCAAGACAUGGAGAUCUUAACAAGUUUGGCUUCAAAGCUGAGAAAUACAACUCUAAAACAUUCUACUUUAUGGCAGAAAGUAGAGAACAAAUGACAAAUUGGGUCGGGGCAAUGAACGAUGCUGCAUCUAAAGGUAAAAGUAAGGAUUCAUGGAUGGAUGUAACAGCCCAUAAUGUUGGGCUGCCGGCAUUGAAUAUUAGAAGCCCAGAUUGUUCGGGGUACUUGUUCAAGAUGGGACGAGCAACCCGGCGCUGGAGAAAACGUUACUGUGUUCUCAAAGAUGCUUGUAUAUACUACUACAAAAAUGCUAAUUCUAAAGAAGCUGAUGGCGUGGCACAUCUCCAUGGAUAUACGGUAGAGGUCAGUGGUGUGUCCGGGAAGAAGUUCAGUUUUAGUUUACGUCCACCGGAGACUCAGAUGAGAACGUUUUCAUUCUACACUGAUAAUGAUACAGACAAAAUGAGAUGGGUCCAGUCACUGAAUACAUCAAUCAAGAAAUGGGUCAAGGUGGAUUGAUUCCUAGGCAAUACUGAUACAUGACAGCUUUUGUUAUUACAUGAUGCUUACAAGGUGGAUUGAGUCCUGGGCAAUACUGAUACAUGACAGCAUUUAGCACACCUGUCACAAAGUGACAUGGUGAGCUUUUGUGAUCGCUUUUCGUCCAGCGUCUGUCCAUCGUCCGUCCGUAAACUUUUAAUUUAAAUGACAUCUCCUCAUAAACUGCUAAGCCAAUUCCAUCCAAACUUCACAGGAAUGUUCCUUUGUUGGUCAACUUUAUAAAUUGUUCAAAGAAUUUAAUUCCAAACAGAACUCUCGUUGCCAUGGCAACCGAAAGAAAAAACUUCAAAGAUCUUCUUUUAGAAAACGAAAGAGGUAGAGCUAAAAUAUUUUGCAUGAAACAUCAUCUUUCCAGUGUUUACCAAGUUUUUUCAAAUGAAUGCCCUGGGGUCAAAAUUGGCCCCACUCCGGGGAGGUCACUGAUUUCCUUAUUCCUGUAUAUUGUUAAAACUUAAAAAAUCUUCAUUUAAAAAAACCCAAAUAGCUAGAGCUUAGAUAUUAAGCAUGAAACAUCCUCUAGUGGGUGUGUACCAAGUUUGUUCAAAUAAAAGUCCUGGGGUAAAAAUUGGCCCCGCCCCAAGGGUUCAUUGAUUUUCCUUAUUUGUAUAUAAUUAAAAAACUUAAAAAAUCUUCUUUUAAAAAACCAAAAUAGCUAGAGCUUAGAUUUUAAGCAUGAAACAUCUUCUAGUGGGUGUCUACCAAGUUUGUUCAAAUAAAAACCCUGGGGUAAAAAUUGGCCCCGCCCCAGCCCAGAGGGUCUUGUUUUUCCCUUUAUGUAUAUAGUAAAAACUUAAAAAAUAUCUUCUUUUGAAAACCCCAAAGAGCUAGAGCUAAGAUAUUUAGCAUUAAAAAUCUUCUAAUGGGUGUCUACCAAGCAUAACUUAAAACGUACUGGUUGGAAUUCAAAACAACUUCAUACAAUGGUCAAGCACUAUAAGAGGAAGUGCAAUGAACAAGAACUAUAACUCCAUCUUCGGUAUUUAUACAGUAAUUGCCCUUUGUUCCUUUUCUUUAUCUUUCUGGACUUAUUACAGAGUUAUUCAAUAUAACUUCAUCAAUGGCCAACCACAUUGAAAGGAAAUGCAACAUACAAGAACCACAACUAUCUUUAAUUGCCCACAACCAUAACUCUAUAUUUCAAUUAUUUUACAAGGUAUUCUUUUUCUAGUAACAUCCUCAUUUCCGAUGCAGUCUUGUGGGGGUAUUAAUCACAUUUAGUGAUAGUUCUAGUUUUAUUACCAUUGACAUGGUUAAAAAUCAUCUUCAUUUUAUUGUGGAAAUAGUUCCUGCAUGGUUAUGGUUGUUGACUUCAAAUCUUGUGCUCCUUGCUGUUCUGGCUUAACAUUGUGUUUUAAACUCUAGAUUCUUUCUUGUAAGGAAUUUCUCCAACUGUCAUAUGGUAUCUUAAUGAUAUUACUUUGAUGCCUGCAUAUGACUAAAAAAGUAUGGAGAGGCACUUUAGAUGUUCUUUUAUUAGUAAAAUUAUGAUAGACAUUCUUUCAUCAGUAAAACUAUGAAAUGAUUACAUGAAUUAGUGUUUUGUAAUUUAAAAACAACAAAAAGUAUGUAGAGAUUAGUACGGUGGCCAAAUGAUCAGGGUUGCAGACAUACUAUAAGCACUCUUUCUUAAAUGAAUGUUAUGUUUGAAUUUAGAAAGUGGUUACUGUUUUUAUGAUUGCUGAUACAUGUUAAAGGGUCUCAACUGAGGUUUUUUGACAUGACGGGACUGGAAAUAAUUUUUUGAGAUUAUUACUCCAUUUGAUGUAAAUCUAUACUAAUAACUUAUGUGCAAAAUUUCAGAUCAUUAGCUCGCUCUGUUUUUUCAGAAUAAUUAUUAUUAAAGUGACAAAUAACCAAGAAUUGAAAAGCGUUUAAACGCUUUUCACUCAAAUCGGACUGAGAAUAGCACAAACAUAUGAUUUUCAAUGUAUUUCUAGUAUAUUUCUUGGUUAUAUUUCAUUUAUAUUUCUGUUUUAAGUGCUCAUGUUUAUCUAUGUGAAAAAUUAAAAUUUUAUGUUUUAAGGCUUAUAAACCUCAGUGGUGUUCCUUUUAUGUAUACCAGAGGUAACACACAUAAUAGCUCUUCCAUUGAUAACGCUGGAAAAUCAUGUGAAACAUUAUUUUCUUCUUAAUCAAUGGUGUAUUGUUAUUGAACACUUAAGAACUAGACACAAUUGCAUUGUAAAUAUGUAAUUAACAUAAUAUAGGAUGACUGACCUUUAAAUUGUAGGGCAAGGUUGAAUAUAAAUUGUCAGUUUUUCAAUGCAUAAAACUUAAUAUGACUAAAGCAUUAUAUAUUUUUUAUGAUUGGUAGUUAUGAAUUAUUUCCUUCCUGUAUCAAAUGAUUUUUUAAAGAUUUCUAUUUUCAGUGAGUUGUCAUUUUAUAUCUAUUUUUAUUGAAAACGUUCCAUAUUUUGCUAAGAUUGAUCUACUGUAACUAUGGCAACAUUUAUCAUGUAUCUCAUCUUGUUAUUUAUAUAUAUUUAUUUCGGACAUUUUUUUAAGAAUAUGUUUAACUUAAAGGUUGUGCAAUUUUUUUUAUAUAUUUUAGAAAUUUAUCAAUUCCUCGGAAGUUAUUAGAAUUACCUUGUAUUGAGUUUGAAGAGAGGGUUGGGGGAGGGGGGGAUUUGUGCCACUGUAUUUAACAAUUUAUUAUCUGGUGAAUAUACCAUAUGAAAUUAUAGAAAUAAAAUUAGAGUUCUAUAUUGAACAAAUUUGUAUAAAGAGGUAUGAGGGUAGAAAAACAUAGAUGUAUACAAUGUAUGAAUAUUUUAUGCUCGCACCACUUUUUGCGGAAGGGAUAUAUAGAUUUACCUUGCCAAUCCAUCCCUCCUCUAAGCAUCUAUGAAGUUCCACUGUAUCUACAUAGUCCAGAUUUCUUAGAAUAUUUGUCUUUGUGAGAAUUUAUGGACCUUUUAAUUUGCCGCAAAUAUAUUUGAGAUUAGCUGAGUUAUUUUCCAUGAUUUAGCAAAAAUAAGCAUAUUUGGUGCAUAACUCCAACAGUAUAACUGCUAUGUUUAUACACACUAGCAACUAUAGAGGGGUUGUUUUAUUAUUAUUAUGCUCCCCGAAAAAUUUUGGGGGAGCAUAUAGUCGUCGGGUUGUCCGUCCUUCCGUCCGUCCGUACGUCCCAACUCGUGUCCGGCCCAUAACUUAGUUAUUUGAAGUCGGAUUUUAAAACUAUUUCACAGAAAUGAUCACCAUAUUGAGACGACGUGUCGCGCGCAACAUUUGGGUCGCUACCUUGAAGGUCAAGGUCACAGCAUGACCUUGCAGCAAAAUCGUGUCCGGUCCAUAACUUCGUUAUUUGAAGUCGGAUUUUAAAACUAUUUCACAGAAAUGAUCACCAUAUUGAGACGACGUGUCGCGCGCAACAUUUGGGUCGCUACCUUGAAGGUCAAGGUCACAGCAUGACCUUGCAGCAAAAUCGUGUCCGGCCCAUAACUUUGUUAUUUGAAGUCGGAUUUUAAAACUAUUUCACAGAAAUGAUCACCAUAUUGAGACGACGUGUCGCGCGCAACAUUUGGGUCGCUACCUUGAAGGUCAAGGUCACAGCAUGACCUUGCAGCAAAAUCGUGUCCGGCCCAUAACUUCGUUAUUUGAAGUCGGAUUUUAAAACUAUUUCACAGAAAUGAUCACCAUAUUGAGACGAUGUGUCGCGCGCAACAUUUGGGUCGCUACCUUGAAGGUCAAGGUCACAGCAUGACCUUGCAUCAAAAUCGUGUCCGGCCCAUAACUUCUUUAUUUGAAGUCGGAUUUUAAUACUAUUUCACAGAAAUGAUCACCAUAUUGAGACGACGUGUCACGCGCAACAUUUGGGUCGCUACCUUGAAGGUCAAGGUCACAGCAUGACCUUGCAUCAAAAUUGUGUCCGGUCCAUAACUUCUUUAUUUGAAGUCGGAUUUUAAAACUAUUUCUCACAGAAAUGAUCACCAUAUUGAGACGACGUGUCGCGCGCAACAUUUGGGUCGCUACCUUGAAGGUCAAGGUCACAGCAUGACCUUGCAUCAAAAUUGUGUCCGGUCCAUAACUUCUUUAUUUGAAGUCGGAUUUUAAAACUAUUUCUCACAGAAAUGAUCACCAUAUUGAGACAACGUGUCGCGCGCAACAUUUGGGUCACUACCUUAAAGGUCAAGGUCACAGCAUGACCUUGCAUCAAAAUCGUGUCCGGUCCAUAACUUCUUUAUUUGAAGUCGGAUUUUAAAACUAUUUCACAGAAAUAAUCACCAUAUUGAGACGACGUGUGGCACGCAACAUUUGGGUCGCUACCUUGAAGGUCAAGGUCACAGCAUGACCUUGCAGCAAAAUCCUGUCCAGCCCAUAACUUUGUUAUUUGAAGUCAGAUUGUAAAACUAUUUCACAGAAAUGAUCACCAUAUUAAGACUUCGUGUCGCGCCCAACAUUUGGGUCGCUACUUUGAAGGUCAAGGUCACAGCAUGACCUUGCAGCAAAAUCCUGUCCAGCCCAUAACUUCCUUAUUUGAAGUCAAAUUUUAAAACUAUUUCACAGAAAUGAUCACCAUAUUAAGACAACGUGUCACGCCCAACAUUUGGGUCGCUACUUUGAAGGUCAAGGUCACAGCAUGACCUUGCAGAAAAAUCUUGUCCGGCCCAUAACUUCGUUAUUUGAAUUUAGAUUUUAAAAAUAUUUUACAGAAAUGAUCACAAUAUUGAGAUGACGUGUCGCGCGCAACAUUUGGGUCGCUAUCUUGUAGGUCAAGGUCACAGCAUGACCUUGCAGCAAAAUUGCGUUCGGCCAGUAACUUCGUUCCUUGAAGUCGGAUUUAACAACUAUUUCACAGGGAUGAUCACCAUAUUGAAUCGACGUGUCACAUGCAACAUUUGGGUCGCUACCUUGAAGGUCAAGGUCACAGCAUGACCUUGCAGCAAAAUCAUGUCUAGCCCAUAACUUCCUUAUUUGAAGUCUGAUUUUACAACUAUUUCACAGAAAUGAUCACCAUAUUGAGACAAUGUGUUGUGCACAACAUUUGGGUUGUUUUUACACUUUGAACUUUGCCUGUGACAUAACUCUGACACUACAAGAGGUAUACCUUCCUGUGUCCAAAACCUAUUCAGGGAGCAUCACCCGGUUCAACCGGCUCUUAUUUUUUUUGCUACUAGUGGGAUGGUAUCCAUAGCCCUAGACACAUUUUCUAGUUAGUGAAUUGGUAAUUCUCAUGUAUGAAUAUUGUUGAGUGUUUAACAGUUCAUAGGUAGUUUAGGAUUUUUUUGAAAAUACAUUUCUUAUUUUUUGAUAGAGAUUUGUCUUCCAGAAAUGUACAGUUUUAAAAUUGCAUUUAAACUUUCUUCCAUAAGGGGUAGCUGCCAUAUUGAUUUGAGUGACAUUGCAAAGUUCCAGUAUUUGGAUUGAAAGGCCCAGAGUCAGAUUUCUAGAUAAGGCUUAAUUAUUAAUGAAUGCUAUUUGAAUAGAAAGGUUGUGGGGAACAAUGCAUUUUUACAUGAUCUCAUAAUUCCCAUAGUAAAUUUUUGCAGUAAAAAUCACACAUUCACUAGCAUUAAAUUUUGUACAAUGUCUGUCAGUGAAUAAAAACUUACUCAAGUUGUUUUAAAAGGUUUUGAGCAAAACUAUGACACAAAUGAAUAUAUUUCCUUUAUCAAACCUUUCUGUAUAUUUUCCUGUGUGUUUUUGUGUCCAUAGUUUGUAUUAUCUUAUUGCUGUCCACAUUUGCCUUUGUCUUAAAUCUGUCCAAUUUUUCCUAUCAAACAUGUCCAUAUUUUUAUCUUUAGCUCACUCCUUCCAUAUUUUCCCAUAUCUAAAGCUUGUAUAUAUAAUUUGUUGUCUAAUUGUGCUUUAUACCUUGACUUAAUCCAUGUUCUGUCCAUGAUUUACAUUGUCCAAACUCGACUCAUUUAGUAAGAAACCUAAUUUUUCAUUUAAGAGUACCAUAAUUAUUUUGACCACUUAUGUACUCGUCCAAAAUUUUAGUUCAUCUCAUCAUUUUAAUUUUAUUAUUGACCAUCAUCUGAUUUCAUGUACACUUACUUAGGUCUUAAGUAAAAAAACAAUCAACAAUACCUCUACCGUUCAGCUAUUUACCAUAAAUCAAAACUUUCAUGAUGUGUCAGGGAUUAAUUUUUCAUUUUCUUUCCAACGAUCUUUUAUAUAGAUUCCUGUUAAAAUGCCAUAAUAUAAAUGAUAUAUAUUUAAUCAGUGCUUUAACAAAUAUUGGUUGUUUCACUUGCAAUUUCUUUUUCUAAGGAAAAACAUAUUUUGUUGUUUUGGUAGUUUAAUUUUAUUUGUACUGAAAGAUUGUUGUACAUAUAAGUGGUAAUUGUUCCUUACAUGAAUUUGAUAACGUUUAUUGUAAGUUGUGAAGAGAGAUGAUAAUCAGAUCAGAGAUCUCUACCAUCACAAACAUUUUUAUCAAUAUUUUGAUAUUUUUUAAUUUAUUUUUCAUUAUUUUUUUACUUUUGAUGAUUUUUUUGAUAAACUAUAACAAACGUAGGUACGAAAAGUUAAAAAUAAAACAGAAAGAGAAAAAUGAUGUUAGUUUUUCUAUGUAACAGUCAAUAUUUACAUUUGAAUUUCGACGUUAUGUCAUGUGACUUUCAUCAUCAUAUGACGUCUGCGAGGACAGUGAUUACAAUUCUGCCAAGGGAGGUAAUCACUGUGAGGAGUUUGAUUUUAUACAUGUUUAGAUAAUGCCCUUGAUAUGAUAUUUAUAAAAUGGGCAAUUUUCAGCUAAAUGAAAAGAAAUGACUAAACAGAACAUUUCUCAUUUCUUUAGUAAUUUAUAUGUCAGGAACACUAGUGUGUAUUUACUGAAAUGGUUCAACUUUGUUGAUGCAAAAGCACUCUUUGUUAAUUGUUUAAUUUUCUAUCACAAUUGAGUAUUGAAAAUAUUCUUUGAAAUAUGAUAUUGAGGGAGAUCAGCAGAAAGCUGUUGUAAAUAACGAAAAUAACCAGAUUAACUUUGAUAAGAAUAAUUUAUUGUGAGUUUUAGUCAUCUGCUUAUUUCUUGCUGUUGUUGUUGUUGUUAUUAUUAAUAAUUAUGUUAAAUAUCGAAAGCAUUCCUUGAGGGCUCUGAGCAAAGCACUUGUAAAACAUAAAAAAAACUUACAUGAGACUAUCAAAGAAUAAAGUUAUUCUUUGGAUCUAAGCGACCCACUUACAAGACAAGGUGUACAAUAUAGUGCUUGAAAUGCUUGUCUUGUGAGUUACAAGGGUACAACUGCUUUGUUCAAGCCUUCAAUCAAGCUUCUCUUAGAACUGUUUACAGUUUAACUUACAAGAUGUGAUUUAUUUUGUUAUUGUUUGUUGAUAUAGAUAAUAUUCUUUUGUUGUGUGUUGUGUUUUUAUUUUGCUCAAAUGGUUGUUGUUGAUUGUGAUUAUUACUUAUAGAUGUCCACUGUUGUAUGAAACUUUAAACGCUUUUUAUGUAUAAAGUUUGAGAAACUACCUGUUUUUUUACAGGUAAAUAGUAUUAUCAUGCAGAUAGUGUAACUUUAUAUGUAUUCACCAAUAUUGAUUUAAAAAUAUAUAAAGUGUAGGAAUAAAUGUUUAAUGUUUUUGAUGUAUUCUUUCAGUUAUACAUGUAGUUACAAAUUAUUGAAAUACGUGGUCCCAUAAUAUUGCUUUUUGAAAGUUCAUGUUUAAAUUCUUAUGUUAGUGAAUGUUUUUUGAAAUAUUUUUGUCUGUAAAUAUAUUUUCUUACGGCUAAAGACUUUUAUAUUAGGGCAAGUGUUAUGUUGUAUGAAGGUACUGUUGUAUGAAGGUUUUGUCAUAUAUGUAAGUGAUAUUUUGUUUUACCCCUAUGGUAGGUUUUGAAAAAUUCAAGCUGAAGAAAUGUAUGAGGCAGCUUAGAGGCAAUACUAACAUAUCUUCCGUACCAAUAUAGAGCUAGCAUGGUUAUCCUAGCAGUUUAACAAGACUGCAUACUGUUUGACUAUUCAAUGUUAUUGUGUUGAUAUAUGGCGGCGUGUCAGAGUGGUUAACACGUCAGACUAGUAAUCUAAGGAUUGCUGGCGGCGUGUGUUCAAACCCAGUCAGGGGAAAGCUUAUGUUAUUAUAAAUAUAUUAAUCAGAAGAAGUUCAGCAUUUUUAUUCUAAAUAAUGAUAGUUGGAAAAAAUUAAAUGAAUAAUUCAACAUUUGUAUAAUAGUUUUACAAAAUAGCUGUAAUAUUUCAUUAUUUUAGCCAAAAAAAUUUUAAAAGAAGAGUUAUCAUUAACAUGCAGGCAUCAGUAUCUCAUGUUAGAAUCCGUUUAUAACAAGAUAUUGUGUACCAUGUUUUUGAACUUCUAGAAUUUUGGUGAUUGUUGUUAUUAGACAGGAAAAUGGUUUUGAUACCUUUUUUUAAAACUAUUUGCAUUUCCUAAAAUAAAUUUCAGACUUUUUAUAAAGCGAAAAGUUAUGAUUGACACAAAAUAUUUAUUUAACAGUUAAAUGAAUACAUUUGCAGAUGUUUCUAGAUUCAAAAUAUUACAUUUUCAUGUUAAAUGUUGAAGUCUGCUUAAGCCAGUUGCUGUCAGGGAUGUAGACUGUAGCUUUUCACUACCAAAUACCGUCCAUGAACAGGUUCAAUCAAACCAAGCCUGCAACAUUUUCGAACGUUUUGUGCGUUCUUUAGGGAUUCCUUUUUUUUAUACCAUCUUUAUACCAUCUUUUUUAUAUUUGUAUCGGAAGAGAGGUAUACUCCAAUUACAUUCUGAUUCACCAGCCACUUUCUUUGGUAUUAUAUAAUAAACUUGUUCUGUUAAUAUCAUGUUUUGAUGUACUCGAUUUGAAACUGUCAUCAAGAAUAUAUCAGUGCAAAAAAAAAGUAGUUUUAUUUAGAAUAAUUAUUUAGUUUUCCUCUGUGUAAUCAAGGUAGAGAUAGAUGUACAUGUAUGAAGUCAUGUCCAUAUAAAACAUAUGAUUAAAAGAGUGUGCCAUAUAGCAAUAUUUACAGUUUUUGUAAAUUAUGUAUUAAGCAAUGAAUGCAAUACCUUAUACAGUAAAAUUUGUUGUGAAUUUUAUAAUAUUUACAGUUUAUUGGUAUAUUUUCUAUAUUAACCAGCUUUUUCAUAUUGUCAAAGUUUUGUAUUUAGUGAUAUAUACAUAUAAUUAUAUAAUAACAACAUUCCUGUUUAUUUUGUUGUUUAACCCCCUAUUUAUGUUUUCUAUAUUAAUUUACAACUUUUGAUUUUGUUAUUGGAUUAAACUGAAGGAACAGCU